AUGGUCGCUUUUUGUCGAGCAAGACUGCGAGCCAAGUCUCUCUUUAGCUCGAAUAUCUGUGAAGGAGUGGCAUGGAUAUGUGAAUAUUCGAGCGGCGGCUAUGAGCAGCGUCUUUUGCGAGCGCCAGUACGACACAACACGCUCAACACGCUUCUCGCGGCUUUGCAGCUCGAAUACUCAAAUGUCCCACUUCCUCACAGAUUUUCGAGUAAAAGAGAGACUGCUCGCAGUGUACAAGGCAUAUUAACGCAUAUUAACGUCAUUUCACAACAGAAGACAGUCACGGAAUGGCCGGAAAACCAGCUAAUAACUUGUCGGUUUUCGUCGACACUUAUAUCAUGUAAAGUGCAUGUUGUAGACUUUUUAAAAUGUUUUUCUUUUCUUUUCCUGUGAUUUGAAUUGGUUAUAUGGGUAUUAAAUUUCGCGGGCAUUUUUAUUCGCCGGUCUUUAAUUUUGCGUUUUUCGCGAUUGUGGAUUAGUGGCAAAAUUAAAUAAAUUACCAAUAAGGUAAAUGUAGUAAACUUAGUCAAGGCUUUCUGACUCGCCCUAACCUGCGAUUAGGAGGUGUUUUUUCGUCUCCCAAACAAAAAGGGAGAAGGACCCCUGAUCGCAGUUUAGACUCUCCAUUGGGUGACUGCGACAAUUAAUAUUCUUCCGCAAUCCAAUAAGAGCUUUUGAACGAAAUUAAUAAAAACCGAACGAUUGUAUGGGGAAGUGUACACACGUUUUAAUACAUUUCUGUGAACUCUAUACUUUAAAAGAUGUGUAUCAAACUUCAAGACAAACAGUUACUUACGUACCAAGGGCAGAUUUAGGGGUGGGCCCAGGGGGCCCCGGCCCCCCCUUUUGUCAGGGAAGUUUUUUUCUUUUGUAAACGUGUGUCGGAUGGUACUUCGAACUUUGUUACUUAAAUAUAUUUUCUUUAAUAAACCGUACAUUGUUGAUAAGGAAAGAAUCUGUGUUCGAAGCCAUUUUUAGUCGCAAAUGACCAAAGCUCCCAGAAUGCAUGCCGUACUAUCCGUCUCCAACAAACUGGAUUUGACAAUUUUUCAGGGAGACAAUGCUGCCGCCUUUGCCAGGAGGUUGUGCUCUCCCCGCAAUCACUUCUGCCCCUGCUAGCAUCAUAAAGUGUUAUAUUACUUCUUUGACUACAACCACACCCGUGGUUUAUUAAAUAUUUCAGCAUUACAUCUUCAAUAUGGAAUCCAGGCACUUGCUAAAUUUAAGCGUCCAGAAUGCACUAGGUUGCAUCUCAGAUAACUUCAAUCUCAAAAAUUUUCCCGGAGGAGCAUGCGACCGAAACUCCCUCGAAAAGUGCGCCGUUCGCAGUCCUGAUGGGCGCUAUCGCGCCCAUAUUACCACUUUAUGCUAUAUCUCUAGCCCCCCCCCCGUCCCCCUAUCACAAAAUCCUCUAUCCGCCCCUGCGUACAAUAAUUCAUAUUCAUUCAUCACCGAGAAGUGAGAAUCGCACUGGGUUUUUCUCUUGAGGGAACUGUACAAUCAGUUGGAAUUCUCGUAAUUGGUGUUAUCUUUUGCUUUCUUUAAUUUAGAAUGGAAGGAUGACGAAGUAAAAAUGAACAUUUGCCUUGCUCCUUCCGUGAUUUAGAAAAUAGCCUUUUCUCGCCAAGGCAAUUACAAGUUGCAAUCUUUUAAAAGACUUCGUAUCAUUGGAAGAGUUUCUAUGCCGGAUAUAGUUUCCUGACAGAUAAUUGUUUAAAACAGGUAUUGACAAUGUGAAUUUCCAUAAUUCUACAUUGUGCUGAAACACCUGUUAUCUGACUGGAUAAAAGCGAGAGAUCAAUUUUAUCUGAUCUGGUUUGUGUUUCCAAACGAAAUGAAUUCAGGGAUCGGAAUUUAAGAGCAACACGGUGCAAGAAGGAAGAGAAAGAUCAUCCAUCAGCUCGAUAUAUUCAACAAAUUCAAGAUUAAUUAAGUUACCUAACUUGGACAGUAUAGAACAUCAUGGUCUAACAACCUAAUCUGGAUUUGCAGUCUAGCUCUCUAAUGAAAAGCUAACAGCCUAGUUGUUAAUCUUUUAUUGUUUUAUUCUUUGGCUAGCCAAACUUCAGCCUCAGGUUCCAGGGCUCUUGCUUCUUUUAAUGAUGACACUGAAAGCUGAUGACUUGCGUUCGGCCAUCAUUGUUAACUGCGUCUUGAACGCCUUUUUAAGUUACACAGCCACCGCACUGAACUCUGUAACCUUACUCGCGUUAAGGAAAUCUUCUACGACUUUGCCCAAGCCUUUGAGGACAUUGCUUCUGAGUCUGACUGUUUCUGAUCUUGGUGUUGGCUUACUGGUUCAACCUUUGUACAUUCUAUUUCUUGCCAUGGUAUUUCAGCAAGGAAAUACUGAAACUCAAAUUGUCGAGAUCACAUCCAAGGUUUCCAUCAUCACUAUAACUUUUUUCGGUUAUGCCUCUUUCUUUGGUGCUGCGGCUCUAGCGGCAGACAGAUUCUUGGCUGUUCAUCUUCAUCUAAGAUAUCAAGAACUUGUGACUCACAAGCGCCUUGUUGCUGUGGUGAUCUCGGUUUGGGUGUUCAGUGCCAUUCUUUCCAUGACAACGGCUGUUUUCCAACACACUCGGUAUAUUGUCGUUUCCAUCACUGGAAUAGUCGUUGAAAGUGUUUGUUACUUAGCCGCAGCCCUCUUUUAUAUCAAGAUUUAUUUGGCCGUACUGUAUCACAGCAAACAAAAUAAAAUUCUGCAAGUACAGCCUACACAGACUAGGGUUGAAAAUAUGGCGAAUACUGCGAAGUUAAGGAAAUGUGCAGUUGGUCCAUUUUAUGCUUACCUUGUGUUUUUGGCUUGUCAUCUACCAAGCUCGUGUACACGAAUAAUUUUGGAAAAAACUGGCUACAAUAACGUAACAUGGCAGUUGAUAAAAUAUACCCACACUCUAGUGUUCCUCAAUUCCUCUCUGAAUCCUCUGAUUUACUCCUGGAAGAUGAGACACAUUCGACGCGCUAUCAUGGAUAUGCUGCGCAACAUAUCACUGCGUCGAUAG